AUGAGCCGGCCUCAGCACCGGAAGGUUCGGAUUGUCUGCGUAUCCGACACUCACAACCAAACUCCUAAACUACCUAAGGGAGACGUCCUUAUACACGCUGGAGACCUGACGAACCACGGAAGCAUUCCUGAGCUCCGCAAGAUUGUCGGUUGGCUUGAGAACGCGGACUUCCAGGCUAAGAUUGUCAUUGCUGGUAGCAAUCACGACAUCACCCUCGACUCAGAUUUCUACCGCGAACAUGGCGCCUAUACCCAUCCUCAAAACGUACAAAAUCCCGAGGAGUGUCUGAGACUGCUGGCUGAAUCCCCUACCAUAACCUACCUAAACCAUGAGUCAGCUACCGUACAACUUACCUCAGCCGAUGGAUCAUACACCCGAUUCAAGGUUUUUGGCAGUCCCUGGUCGCCAAAGCUGCCCACGGGCCAUGGUAAAUGGGCAUUCCAGUACGAAGGCGAGAAAGCGACGAAAAUCUGGGAAGCCAUUCCCGAGCACCGAUCCGAGCAGGCCGUUAAACUCUGGGACGCCAUACCCCUAGACACCGACAUCGUGAUUACGCAUACGCCGCCCAAGAACCACUGUGACAGUACCUACGUGAACAGCGGAAGAGCUGGCUGUGAGGCUCUCCGAAGGGCGCUUUGGCGGGUCCGGCCGAAACUGGCUGUCUGCGGUCAUAUGCACGAGGGCCGCGGUGCGGAGCGCAUACGGUGGAGUCUGGAUAUGCCGCAGGUCAGGUACAUGGAGGAAUCAACAGAGAUUUGGACGGACCCCGGACUUGGGAGUAACAAGCAAUCUCUAGUGGAUCUUACGAUAAAGAGUAGGGAGCCGCUUGACAGUUACGACAGCCCGGUUGAUCAGCUCUCCUUAAACAAUCGGGCCUCUUUCUCUCCAUCCAGCCCAGAGCAGUCAACGCCAGUUCCUGACGACAUCGCUGCGCUUAUGAAAGCCGACCCUGAUACGCAUCACGUGCGUGCUCAUCUCCAUCGGCGACGGAAGCACAGCACGUUACGGGGUCUAGCUGAACGAUCUGCCGCUGAAAAGGGUUGGACUGAGUCGGACGAAGGACUCUCACGGCUGGACGAUCACGAUGCAGCAGCUCUUGAAGGUCGAAUGGGCCGAAGAGAAACUUGCGUGGUUAAUGCUGCGAUCAAGGCGAGGAGCUGGGGUACUGUUGGCACCAAGUUUCUUAACAAGCCUAUUAUCGUUGACAUUGAUCUGCCAGUGUGGCAGGAGACCUAG